UCUUACAUUUUACCCGUUUCUCGUGAAUUUCCAGGUCUGAGUCUGUCGCAAUCCGAACCGACCGCAGCCUUCGUUAAGGAGCGGCGCCCGGCGCUGGAUUGGAGCAAGCAUGGCGAGCAUGCCGUUUGUCAGCGAGGGGAAAUGUGUGAGUGUGGAGUGGGAUUUCCUUCAAGGACUUCUCGCCAAACCUCCUACACUACCCUGUCUCCAGAACCUGCGUAAAGAGAAAUCUCGCAAUGCAGCUCGUUCUCGACGGGGGAAGGAGAACUUUGAGUUCUUUGAGCUGGCUAAGAUGCUGCCUUUGCCAGGGGCCAUCACGAGUCAGCUCGACAAAGCGUCAGUCAUUCGGCUGACUAUCAGCUAUCUACACAUGCGCACCUUUGCAAGCCAAGGAGACCCACCGUGGAGCCCUCUGCUGGAGGGAGACAACAACUGCAGCAAAGGUAA